GCCGGGGGUUCGAUUCCCCCUUAAUGCACUCGAAAUGUCAUUUUUGUCGACUCCCCUACCAUGAUUUUUUUUUCAUAAAAAUUCGCGGCAUGAACACUGCAGCGUUGAAUCCCAAGCUCUUCCAUAGAUUGGUUGGCAGCUUUUCAAGUUGAAGGUUGGUAACCGUUGGUUACCUCGAAUCCAUGGGUGAUGUAACAUCUUACAAUUGAGCUCUUUUAAAUGACAUCUCGGGUUAGGCUCGGUUGCGAUUUUUUUUAGGGAACCGCAACCAUAUUUCUACCAGCUAUCCUGAAAAUAUGACCCCAAAAUCUAUCUCCCCGAGUUUCCUAUACAUCACGCCAUGUUCGCCCAUCUACUGGUACUGCUUUGUGCAUCUAUCUCCGUGAUUGCGAAACCUGCUCCCGAACCCAAUGUUGUAAUCAUUGGCCAGAACGUAGGAAACUGUGCAUCGGGGUUUCCAGUGUGUUGUAAGACUGUCAGCCCUGAUUAUAGCGGAGGUGAGGGGUGCCUGUCAGUUCCCAGUGUGAAUGCAUGUGGUGACUCGGUGACCGCACUCUGCUGCCAGGAUACCAGCACUGUGGAGAUGAUCGGAACAGCAGAGAAUUGCACUGUUUAUCACUAGAUAUAGUGAUCCCGUAUAUCCAUUUCUGCUGUGUCCGUAAAUUGCAAGAAGACGAUUUACAGAACGCUAGCAAGCCACCACCGACUUUCCUUCGCCUUAUGCAUAAAAUGAGAGAGUUACGUGACUUACGUUUCAAGACGGGAACGCGUAAGAUCUAUUCAUUGGUUGCGCUAACCUCACUCGAGCUGCUAUGCAGACCUUACUAGCAGUGUGUUUACAGCUCCACUCACAUGAUAUCUGGUGAAAGUGUGAGGGCAGAUUUGCGGAAUCGUGAAGUGAUGUCGGUUCGAUGCUCGUUGUCAAUGCGUGUACUAUCGGUUAUCACAACUUUGGUCAACCACUGGUUCGGACACUGCAAAUUAAUAUCUCACU